CUACACAUACAAUUACUCUUUGUAUAACGGAUUUUACUGUUAAACCAACACCGGUAGUUAUUCGGCAGUCGGUGAGCUAGGUACAUUACUUUGGGGGUAAUUUAGAGAUAUUUUCUAUGUAAAUGAGAAUAGGGCUGUCAGACUAGAAGACACGGAGAUGGUUAAGGCUCUCGUCGCGGUGCCUGGGGAGUUGUUUAUUUUACUACUUUCGCUGUGUGUCUACCAACCCUGUCAUUAAUGCGAGUGUUUUUCAUUGUAUUUCAGAAAACUGUGUACCGACAGAUCAGAAUGGAUUAUCUGAGAAAACUCUCGCCUUAGCAAGUAUCAUCGGUGGUGCGGCAGGGGGAGUGGUUUCUACUGGUAGCAAUCAUCAUCUGCCUCAUCGGCUGUCUGUGUUGUAAGAAAUCUAAGGCUACAGUCAUCAUUGUGAAAGAAGUAACUAAAGUACAACACAAGUCGAAAGAUACAGAUGUAAUCGUCGAUGUAGACAAAGAUGAAGAUGACAACAUUUUUGAGAGAGACCUGACAGUCAUAUCUUCUGCACAAAUGAGUGUCUACUCAGCCUAUCUCCCGCGGUCGUCUGCCAAAAGCGACAAGACAUCAACAAGAUUCCGAAAGCCGACAUUUGGAAGUCCGUUAUAUAGAGAUGCAGGGCGAGUAGACGACACCAGAACAAAACGGCCAGGCAAACAAAAUGGUCGUCUGGUGAAAAACGGUUUACACGGCAUGGAAGAUGAGACCGAAAUUUCAUAUCCUGUUCAGCAAACGUCACUUCCGGAUAUUCGAAAGGAUGUGUUCCAGCCGAAUAUGUACGGAGGCCCAGAGGAAGGUCUCGUAUUCCAGGACCUGGCAGUAGGUGCAACAGAUAAUUACAAACUUUUGGUCAAGAAUAUGAAGCGAGGGGAGAAACAUUUAAUGUCCAAAAGUCCACCUGGGAAAGGUCAAGGACAGAUAAUGCACGUUCGUUCAAGUCCAAGCGAAAGACAGAGUGUUCGAAAUAAAAGCAAUAGUCCCCCGGUAAAGCAACACUUUCAUGGUUCAGAUAAUAAAACGUCUAAUCGCGACCCCAAUUAUAAUGGCAAUCAAAGUGGGCAUGACCGGUUUGUUUGGACUAAUGAGGACGAUGAGCAGGAGUUUCAGGAUCCUGAUUUCGCAGCACUGGGCAACCGAUAUGGCGGACAUCCAACUGGGCCUCAAGUGUAUGGCACAGUUCAUGUGGAUGGUAACACACGACCGCCAAGACGUAAGGCCACCGUUCACAGAACAAGUUCAUUUGGAAGCAGUUCAAGUAAAACUUUACAAAGUCAACAAAAUCUCCACAUCACUAGUGAAAAGGGUUCAAAUGUCAUUAACCAGACCCAGCCUACAAACAAUUUAUCAGGAAAACUGUCGAAUGUACAGGAAGGUGGUGGCGACAAAGUACAUGACACUCGAGAAAGACAUCUAGUAGACAUCAGUACCAAUACGGAGAAUACUGAGAAACGUAUUAUGAUGACAACGGUGAGGACAGGUGUUUCAAUUGGUAUACAAACGGAACAAGAAAAUACAUCAACCUCAAAUGUUCGUCGACAAGAUUCUCCGAUACCAGCGAAUGAUAGUCAUAGAAAGCUAGAUCCCUGGAAGCAUCCGUUAUUGAAUUAUGAAUUUUACGGUAGCAGUGACAUGAAAAAAUCCACUUCUGUCCCAACUGUGAUAUCUGGUUACGAAAUGGCUAAGUAUAACCCUCCUAACAUUGAGUCCAGCAAACAUCAUGACCGUAUCGUCAGACGAUUGGGCUUGACCAGUAAUGAUAUGGUUUGGUGUAUUGAACCAAACGCCAGAGGUCCAAAGAGGAGUGCGACCUACAAUCUAGGCUCCAUUAUGACCAAAAACAAUUCACAUCGAUUAGGUCGAGGGAAAUCUCGUACAAGAAUUGUGACUCCGUGGAAAUGAGACUUGAUAUUUAAGACAAUGUGGCAAUAUUUCAAAAUAUAAUGUCAUAGAUGUAACUAAUCCUAUUAACGCUGUGAAAUCUACAAGAAUCACAGUAUGACAUCGAUUUAAGCCUUAAAAGGCUUGUGUGAUGUAUUAUCGCCAUGUCAUUAUACCGCUGUGUUUAUAAUUAGUUUUAAUUUAGAAAGAUUCAUUGCCUGUAUCAAACAUCCAAAAAUAUGAGUAAAAUAAUAUAACUUUGCAUAACAAACAGUCUAUUAUUGGAAAAUUGCGCUUCCCUUUCAGUGCGCAAAAAUAAAUGUGUGGGUACAGAUUAUAAUGUUAUGACGUUAGUUCAGGAUCCAAUAAACAAUUUAUCCUGUA